UAAAAUGUUGUUCGAGCGCGCACUGACUCAUAGCUGAUACAGAUGAUUUCUUAUUCAUACUGUGUUCUAUAUGAGUCUCAGUUUGUUCAAUUUACGUCGGGGAGAGCCCCCAUGAAUAAUUAAUUUCUUGGCUUCGUUGAUAUCGAUUUGACCACAAAGCUCAUAUCCUAAUGCGCUGUGCGCCUUGUUGACAGCUUUGCGCAGAGUAAACGGGUACACUGCCUACUUGAUUAUUUUUCCCCACACACGGCAGUGAUCUCGCGCGAAUGUCAAAUUGGACCGGAAUGAAAUAACGGAUAACUCCGUUUGACGUCAUCCCGCGCAUCACCGAGUGACCAUCGCCGGUAUUCAUCAUCAUUUUCUCGUUCUCCCAGCCGCUGUCUCUUCCUUCGACGCCACAUGUCCACGAUGCGGAAAGGACCGCUUCGUUAAGCCCCUGCUUUUUUCUUCUCCGUCUUUGCCUGAUUUUCUAAUCCUUUUUUGGAGGUUCAAGAUGGAUGCCCUGAACUACUCGUUCCAGAUGCCGGAGUGGAAGACUCGGGCGAAGGAAGGAUGGGGCUACGUUGUGCGACUUUACGACGCCGUACAAGAUUACAUAGUGCCAAAGUACUACCACGACCGAUCAAACAGAUCAGUUCAAAUGCGUCUCUACACCUUGACAAAGCGGCACUUUGUGCUGGUGUUCGUCGCGUUCUUUACGGCAUUCACAGCCUCGGUUGUACUAGGAAUAGCAGGCCCAAACAUAGACGUGUAUGCCGAAUACAGAAGACAGGAAAACUUGCCAGGUGGUCCCUUCAAACUGGAGUCUCCACAUCUCAGCAGAUUUAACCGCUCUUUGUGGCUGACAUCGGUGAUAGAGGUAGACAAUGGCAAAGGUGAGAGCUUCCAAAAAACCUUCAACGUCAGUAUUGAAAUCCGUGGGUUAAAGGAGGACGACAGUGUGAAGCCCAUCAGUAACAUUUUCUUCAACCACACCAGAACGUUGUCAUGUGAAAAGGGGGAACUUUGCGAAGAAUUGCUGCUGCUUCACGUCAGCCCCGUAAAGUACUAUUCCUACGUGAUCACCGUCUACUUCCAGGGGCUGGAGAACGCAAAGGUCACAGAGGUCAGCUUCAAGUUCCGUACGUACAAUCCCUCCUUUUGUGAGAUGGAGAUCUGGUUCCGGUUCGUAUUCCUGGUCCUGUCCUUCAUCAUCACGUGUAUGUUCGCCCACUCCUUGAGGAAGUUUUCCAUGCGGGACUGGUCUAUUGAACAGAAGUGGUUGUCCGUCUUACUACCUUUUCUUCUUCUAUACAACGAUCCGAUCUUCCCUCUCAAUUUCUUGGUGGAUUCCUGGGUGACGAUCAUCCUUGACAACAUCUUCCAGACAACGUUUCUCUGUGCCCUCCUGCUCUUCUGGCUCUGUGCCUACCACGGCAUCAGAAAGGAUUAUGCAGUUAGCCCUUUUCGCUUUUGGAAAUUCAUGAGCGAUAGGAAGUGGCUGUACUUCUACCUACCCAAGCUAAUCCUGGUGGGUGUCAUUUGGGUGGCGGCCGUGGUCCUGGCCUGCUGGUCACAGUACCGCACCCUCUAUGACCCCACCUUCAACUACAAAGUGGACGGCGGCAACUUCCUGGGCCUUGUCAUUUUCUUCUUGUGUGUUGGGAGCCUGUACCUUCUUUACCUUGUGUUCCUUAUCAUCAGAGCCUUCACCGAGCUGAAGUCACUCCCUUACAUGAAUUUGCGAUUAAGGUUUAUGACUGUUCUCAUGCUGUUUGUCGUGGCUGUGUGCGUUGCUGUGGUGAUCAUGAGGUUUGGCAUCGGCAUACUCCAGAACAACUUCAUUUCUGAACUUUCCACGUAUUACAAGAACUCAGCUGAAUUCCUGGCCUUCUACAGUCUUCUUAACUUUUACCUGUACACGAUGGCCUUCGUCUAUUCUCCAUCCAAGAAUGCCCACAAAGAUUCAUACUUCAAAGAUAACCCAACCUUUUCCAUGCUCAAUGAAUCAGAAGAUGAACUCAUCUAUGGCUCAGACAGUGAUGACAAUGCCGUGACGAGACCACUCCAAAAUGGCACUUCCUACCAGGAGAGUGAGGAUGAGUAGUUAUCAUGGUAACAACCUUUGAACUUUACACAGCGUGUGCUUCCAAGGGUGAGAGAGCUAUUGAAGUUGCUGCACUGGGCUCCGUUGUGGUAGGGAACCAGUGUUCAACCAUUCAGUAGAAUUGAAUAAAGACACUGGUACCCGGCCUUAAUACAAGUACAUUAGUACACCAGAAGGAUAGACUGCAUAUAAAGUAACAUUGAAUUCCUUUGCAAAGCUGAGACAGUUAGAUUACAUAACAACAGUACUCAUCCAUUCCAGUGAAAAAAUUUGAACUUUAUUUUGCUUUCCAAAGAAAAUUUUUUAAGAAUCUAAAAUUUGCGCAAAUAGUUUUUCGCAUCAUAUAAAUUUGUAGAAUUUAGGGAUUGGUGAUGAGUUUCAUUUCAUUCGGAACUGGUUGUCAAAAGGUAAAAAAAAGAUAAAAUUGGCUUGAUGAUUGGAUCCCCGACGAGCUAUUUGACAGUUUUCAGAUGGCCACCAUAAGUUUUCCACUGCAAAACUGAAUUGUAACUGAAUUGAUAUCUUUAUUAAUCAUGCUUAAACCUGUUAUUUUUUUAUUAAGGCCCACAAAACACAAAUACAUAAAAGCCAUUUUCAGUCACACUCAACUCGUGUUACCUUAAAAACAUACACAUCCAAAGAUUUUGAAAAGUGCAAAGACCAAUUGGAUAGAGCAAAUCGAAUUGCUCUCAAAAGUCUUCUUUGCCCCAGAGGCCCUGUGCAUCGUGUCUGCAUCAUAAAUCACUCAAAAUUAUGAUUGCAGUAAUCAAAAUCACCGGAAGGUGUUGUAAGACAAGGGAUAUUGAUCAAAAGCCUUGCAUGAAAUAAGUUAUGUAUACAUUCUUUAAUAACGUGCAUGCCUUUUGUUUGUUUUGACAAAAUAUGAAAUGUCAUUGUGCUUAUAUUUGGUUUGAUUUGGUUCACUGAAACUUUUUUGGGGGUCAUUUUUAAGGGGUGUGUGGUUUUAUGUGCGUAUACUGCGCGUUGUGUAUUGCACUUGUGUGUAGCAGUGGCUAAUGUACAUGCAGAUGCAGACGUGAUUUAACAUUGUGCAAUAGAGGGUUUGCUCUUGGCCGUUUUUGCCGUGGAUUCACCAAUCAGCACCCGGGAAUAGAGCCUGUGCAGAUCUCAUACGGCUGCUGGAGUUUCAGCGCGUGCGUGCCUAGGCCGAAGUCCAGUCUGCCACAGGUCCUGGCGAGGCCGUGAACUGUGACAAAAGUUGUCCUUCGCCAUGGUUCACCUUGUGACUUAUGACUCCGGGCAUUGUGAUGGAUUUAACCACAGCCCUGGUACCUACUUGCUGUCACUCGGAAUCUGGCUUCAUAACAUAUUUCAUGUCAUAAAGAUAAGUCUACAAGUGCAUGUAUAAUGUUUGACCUUAAACAUCCCUUAGAACUGAGUGUAACAAUUGUAAAGUCAUGCUUUCUUUUAGAAAAACAGGGUAUAGUUGAUUUUAAGAAAGGACAGUUUUUCUGAUAAUGAAAACUGAUUCUUUUAUGCUUGAAGCUUUCUCCAAUUAAUACAAAGACUGAUUUUAUUGAAUGUCAAACGUCUUUCUUUUGGUAGUUAUCAAAGCCAAGGUGCACAUGAAUUGAAAUUCAUGCCGAAAUCAUAGGCCAUUGAUUAAGUCUGCUGGGUGAAGGUCUUUUGCGGUCGAUAACAGGUGGGCGUAUGCCCGCAACAGACACAACCAAAACCACAGGUUUGAAAGCCUGUCUGGGCCACAGCCUUUCUCUGCCCUUGAAUUCGAAGUGGAAAGCGCCCUCUUCUGACUGAAUCAAACUCGGUUUCUUUUGUAUACUUUUGCUGUAGGAAGGGAGCCCUCUGUAGAUCUUUUUUUGUAAUGAAAUGUAUACCAAGUUUUAAUACUGGAUCAUAAUUAGUGAAUUUUUGUGCGUGUCACAGUUUAUUUUAGGUCGAGUUCGGGCGGCCUGUUCUUGACACGGGUUUCUUGUUCUCGCGCUCGAAUGGCGGGAACACGAC